GGGCGCGGCGGCGCGGUGAGGAGUAGCCCGGGCGGCCGCGGGGCGGUGAGUAUCGGCAGGCACCGCCAUGGGGCUCCGGAAGAAGGGCUCCAGGAAUCCCCCGGUGCUGAGCCACGAAUUCAUCCUGCAGAACCACGCGGACAUGGCGUCGUGCGUGGGCAUGUUCUUCGUGCUGGGGCUGAUGUUCGAGGGCACGGCCGAGGUGUCCAUCGUCUUCCUGACGCUGCAGCACGGGGCCUCCGUGCCCGCGGGGGAAGGGGCGUCGGCGGGCGCGCGCACGCUGUACCACUACGGCGCCCGGGACCUGGCCACCGUGUUCUUCUACAUGCUGGUGGCCAUCAUCGCGCACGCCACGCUGCAGGAGUACGUGCUGGACCGCAUCGGCCGCAGGAUGCAGUUCACCAAGGCGCGCCAGAGCAAGCUCAACGAGUCCGGCCAGCUGAGCGUGUUCUACGUGGUGUCCUGCGUCUGGGGCUCCUGCAUCCUGGUCUCCGAGAACUGCCUGGCGGACCCCUCCCUCCUGUGGAGGGCGCACCCGCACCCCCUGAUGACCUUCCAGAUGAAGUUCUUCUACAUCUCACAGCUGGCCUACUGGUUUCAUGGCUUUCCGGAGCUCUACUUCCAGAAGAUCAAAAAGCAAGACAUCCCUGGUCAGCUCAUCUACAUUGGUCUCCACCUCUUCCACAUUUCUGGAGCGUAUCUCCUGUAUUUGAAUCACCUGGGACUCUUCCUUCUGGUGCUGCAUUAUUUUGUUGAAUUACUUUCUCACCUGUGCGGCCUGUUUUAUUUUAGUGAUGAAAAAUACCAGAAAGGGGUUUCUCUGUGGGCCCUUGUGUUCAUUUCAGGGAGACUUGUGACCUUAAUUGUUUCCGUAGUCACCGUGGGGUUUCAUCUGGCGGGAUCACAGACACAAACUCGGAAUACUACGGAUGCCCUUGCUGGAAACGUUAAUGUGUUGGCUGCUAAAAUUGCAGUUUUGUCUUCCAGUUGCUCGAUUCAAGUGUACAUAACAUGGACUUUGAUAACUGUCCGGGUCCAGAGGUGGGUGGAAGAUUCUACUCUGCAGGCCUCAAAUGUGAAGAAGAAACGAUCCACGAGUAAAGGAAAGUCUAGAAAAAGAACAGAAAAUGGAAUGGAUGCUUCAAACAGAGUAGACUCUCUCCCAAAGAGGAAAGAGAAAUCAUUAUGACGAAUCACAAGCUAACUGAUCAGUGUCUUCAAAGGAAUCAACUCUUUAGUAUGAGAUUUCUUUGUGCUACAGAUCUGUUUUCCAGAAUAGUUUGUGCUCUUUGAUUAUUGGUAUCGUCCCGUUUAAUGCAUUUUUUUAAGUCAUUUGAGGGGGGGUGGUUAUUAUGAGUGAAAAAAAGAUCUUGGUUAAGACUAAGCCAUUCAUCUAAAUAGUAUCAAAAUAUCGUAAUUUGUUUUGAAUUUUUACCUAGAAUCAUUUUGUGAUGAUUUAUGGAGAUAACUACAAAAUUUCGUUUUUCAAUGGUACUGUUUCCUGUUCCCACUAAUCUUAAUGAUAUUAACAAAAUGAUUUGUUACAGUGAUUUCAUAAUUUAAUGUUCUUUCAUGGAAUGGAAAGAUCUAUGAAAGUAGAAGUUAUGUCAGUAUUCAUUAAUUUUUAUUUUUCUUAGAAUUUAUGACAAAAUAUUUGUAAAACCACAAAAUAAUCCUGUAUUUUAUUUUAUGGGCAUUUUAUUUUAAUUGUUAAUACAUUUCCAUUAAAGAGUCAAAAUACUAAUAUAUAACAUGUAUAGAGAUUUAUUGCCAUAUGUACUGAAUCAAAAUAACUAAUUCAUAUAGAAGUAUUACUGGAGAGUUAAAAUAAUUCCAUUAAUUUUAAACACUUGUAAAAGGAUACUUAUAGAUAUUACUGAAGAAAAUAAAUCAACCUAAAUAGUCUUUUUAAUGUUUUUAUUAAAAUAAUUCUUAAUGAAGAUUCAUAAAUUUGGUAACAAUAACACCUUCGAAAAAAUUCUGUUUUAUCUGUAAAGAUUUUGAAAACUUAAAAUUUGAUUUGCAUGUAUAAAAAGAAUGACAGCU